AGCUUGCACAACAGCACAGGUCCCGUUCUACUGACAGUAUAAGGGCUGGGAAUGUACUAAAUUAUCAUUGUCACAAACACUCAUUUACACUUGGAAUUUGACUAUAUAAGGAAGAAGAAGCAACUUUAAGAGGACACACUGACAAACUACAAUCGUAAAAUGAAACUCAUCGUUAUCGGACAAGUUGUCAUGUCAUUGUUGGUGAAGAUGUACAAUUACAAACUAACAUAUUUCAAUAUGAGAGGAAGAGCCGAACUGGCACGAUAUAUUUUUGCAUAUGCAGGUAUGAAAUAUGAAGAUAUACGAGUAGAAUGGAAAGACUGGCCUGAAAUUAAGCAAACUAUUCCAUUUGAGAAACUUCCUAUAAUGGAAGUGGAUGGCAUAAUUAUUCCUCAGAGCCUUGCAAUUGCAAGAUAUCUUGCUAAGGAAACAGGAUUAGCUGGUGCUACCAGUCUGGAAGAAGCUCAAACAGAUGCAUUAGUGGACUGCAUGAAUGACUUCACAAUUAUGAUUCCUUGGAAUGAGAAGAAUAAAGAAGUUAAGGAAAAACAAAUAGAAGAGCUUUUCCUAAUUCACAGUCCAGUGCUGAUGAAAAAUUUAACAAAGGCCCUUGGAGAGAAGACAUGGCUUGUUGGAGAGUCGGUAAGUAGAUUUUUACCUAUAUUAAUUCAUAAAGUAUUGUUUGAGAACAAGCAGGCUGUGUUAACUGCGGCACUGAUCCAAAGCUCUCAGCCCAAACACUGGUUUUAUGGCAGAUGCAUGUUUUUUUUCAGGCAUGCCAGUCUUUUUUCCAAAUAUGUGUAUAUGUGAUAGGUUAAAUGGAGUGGUCACGGGCAUGAGUUCUGUGAUAGAAUGGCACCAGAGCCUACUUGUCUCCACAGCUUUGAAUAGGAUUCUUAUAAACAUGGACUGAGGAACUGAGAAUAAGUAUAUAGUACUAAUUAUUUUCUUUGUAGCAUAUUUAAAUGAAUAAUAAAAAUCAUAAUGGCAUCCAUCACCAUAUUUACUGGAUAUUUAAGCAACCGUUCACCACCACCUGGAAUUACAAAUGAUGUAGGACUUCUUAUGAGGGUUUUAAAAUGAAUUUUGCUAAAUUCAGUUUCUGCUGCAUUGCAAGAUGUUUUAUUCAAUUUCAAACGUAAUACUGCUUAAUAUGGUUUUCGAAUGAUAAUCAGCUCCUUAUUUUUGAAAAUUACAAACAACUAUUCAUCAGCUCUGUGGGUGGUUAGCACAAUUCAGACUUUUCCUUAGACAAAAGAUUUAAAACAUACAGUAAUUCAAAAACAACCAACUUUAAGAGGUG